CAACUCGACCACUUUCAACUUGACUCCCCUCCUCUCCUCUCACCUGCGGCCCUGCUUCUCGAUUGUGCGGCUCUCUCUAAGAUCAAGCACCAUGCUGACCGCACUAUGUCGUCGCCCUUCAAUAACACCUCGCUCCGCUUCCGAUCCUUCUGCGCCACAAACGAUGAUCUCCCUACCCAGCCGAGCAUGGACACGCGCCCAGACCGCAUUCCGGACAACGUUAACACCACCGUUAUGACCCCGUCCAAUGACUCCCAACCCUCAAUUAGCGAUGGGAAAUUGCUGUGUUGCUGCGGGCGGCCAGAAUGUGCCUAUCUGGAGAACAACAACACUAUCUUAGGCGGCAUAGAGAGAGAUCUCGAGACCGCGGCAAGACUGGGUCAGGCACUUCUCAGUCGACAUGAAUCCUACGUGUCCGAAUCGCAGCACGAGCACCGGCGCCUCACAGCUUAUAUCAACGAACUGGAAAACGAAAGGGCGGCUUUGCAGUCCACAAAUGACAAGAUUGUGGAGGAAAAUCGCCAGCUUUUGACACAGCUCGAAACGGCCAACACGUCCCUCAAGGAAAGCGAUCACCAUGUCAAGAGUCUUGAGUCACUGCUUCGUGACUGCGAAGUCGAGGUUCGGAGAUUGAACGGCCUCAGCCGGCGUACAGAAGAAUUGGAGCUCAAAAUACUCGAAAUGGAGAAGGAACGCAUGGCCUUGACCCAACAAGCAGAUGAUUCGAGGGGUGAAAUCCGGAGCACGAUCAAGCGGUGGAGGGAGAGCGAAAUCAAAGUCCACCAGCUUGAGCGUGAAGUUCAAAGAAUUGAAUGGGAUGCGAAGGAGGACAGAGAACGCUACGAAGAGAUCAUUGCCAGGCUGGAGCGUGAGCGUGUUUUUGAGAGAGAAUUGGGUGGUGCGGAAGGUCGACUGAAGUCCGCUGCUGCCUUCAGAGGUCUCAACGCAGAUGAAAAGAACACCAACGUGGUCGGCCACUUUGUCAGGGACAUCCUUCAAGACAAUGCGAAUCUACAAGCUGGGAUCGUCGAGCUGAAAGAGCUGCUCCAAGCGUCCAACGAAGAAGUACAGAACCUGAGAGAGCAGAUCCUGGAGCAUCAGCCAGUAGAUGACGGCAGUUCUGGACCCAUCUCCGGGUCAGUCCCUUUGAGCGAUCAACUUGGUUGGUCACAGCCUUCUCCGAAUGUGCAGCAAUCGGUGCAUGUCCACCACCAUUAUCACGCCAAACUGGCGAAGCGAGACAGGGCUCCAACGGUUCGAAGAUCAUCUCGCAAGAGGACAGUGGUGGGCCUGGGGUUUCUUCCCUCGACGCCCGAGUCUUCUGCACCUACGACGCCGAACACCGGUCCUCAUCGGUUUGCCUCCAGCCCGGUUUUGCCCAUCGCUCUCCACCAGCCACAAGCUAUAAAGAAACGCUGGUCUGUUCAAUCCGCUACCACAAGCUCGUCUGUGGUCUCUAGUUUCCCAAGCUCUCCGCGGUCAUAUUUGGAGCAAUCCAGCUCUAUCUUCGACCGGCUUGAAGCUGGAGAAGAGUCGUCCAGGCCAACGAGUCCCGAGUCUACCGGCGGCUUCGCAUCUCCCCGGUUGAAAUUUGGAUCCGAACACGAUGAGAGAACAAGAGCCCUGCUCGCAGAGGAGGGACUCGAAGAGAGCGCCACACAAAUGUUUGCGAAAGCCCAACAGGCGGACCUGAAAGGUGAUGUGGACCUCCAUCAUCAAGAAGAGGCCAAGGAAUCAACUUCGCAUGAGCUGACUCCCAAACCUUCACAAAUUCUUGUUGCUGGUGAAAAGGUAUAUCACACCAUCCAACCCGAUUCUCUGGAAUUCGACCCAACCAAACAGCCUCGUGAACGCCCAGAACCGGAGCCACCUGAUAUAAUCAUCGAAGGGGAGGUGCCGGAUAUACCAGACAAGUUAGUAGGAGAAGGGCACAUUAACGGUAUGUGCCACCCGACGACGUCCCAUGAUCUGGAUGUUACCUCCGACGAUGCCACUCCGUCCAGCCUCCGCCGGACGGCCUCGCACGACUCUCUAGUGUCAAUCUCUGGCAUGGACAUACACAUCGCCAAGCGACCGACUUCGUCGACAUCUCAGUCGUCGAAUACGUUGAAAGGGAACAAGGCAUAUUUCGCUCUUUCGCCAUCUGCAGCUCGAAGGAUUGCCUCUGCACAGCCAUUGGCGAUGGUGACAGAGUACACAGCAUUGAGCUCGAUGACAUCGUUGAGCUCAGACUCGGCGAGCGGUAGGUCGGCUGGACAUCAAAUGCCGCAACGCAGUGUAAGCUCGAGUGUCGCAGCAUUGAGUGGUCUAGCCGAUCUUUCAUCCUCCCAACCUGACGACCAGCAACCUGCAUCUUCCGGAUUGGGGCGUCUGCUUGGUGGCUGGGUAAGAGGCAGAUGGGGCAUUGCACCAAUGAAGUCAAGUUCUGACUUGACAUCCUCGGCCGCUUCAACCACAUCAUCAUCGAGUGAAACCCAGCUACAAGCUGGGUCCCCUUUCCCAUACAUGGGUGGACGGCUUCCUGGGAUUAAUCAGAGAGGUCCUAUACCCGGAUUCAAGCCGGCGCCGAAACUCACCGGUGUGCAAGUGACGAUGGUUAAUGAGGAAGGGCUCAAGGAGAGUCUGGCAGAAGGGUGAUGAGUUCGCUCGACUGCGAUCCACGAUGAUAUGCUUGGGCGAUUGUACCGGGUGUAGUACUGAGUUGGGAUAGUGAGCGUUUCUGCAAGCAUUGUCUGGAUGGCACGAUGAUACCCCUGAAUUUAACCUGGUCCUUUCCUACAGGACGUGUUGGACUGGACGUAUAGUGAACGAAGUUAUAUUGCGAUAUAGGUAGAACGCUGGAGUAUUGAUGUGGACCCACGUG